UUUUUUAUUACUACGAAUACGAAUGAAUUGGGAACUUUAGUUUUAACUUUUUUGAGAUAAAUUACACACACAUUCCUCACUUACGUCUUACGAAUGGAGAGAGACCUCCGAAUAAUUACAAGUUUUACUUCAUCAAAUGUGUCAAAUGACUUUUUACGGUUUCCGGUUUACAGUUGCUUUCGUUGCUUCAGAAUAAUCGUUUUAAUUUGCAUUUUUGUCCCACAUGUGCCUUGUGAGCAGGUUGUUACACCUGAAGUAUCGAUUUACGAUGAACUACCGGAUGCACAUACUGGCAGAUUUGUUUACCUUGAGAAUAAAACCGUCUUAAUAAACGGUUUGGUAGGAGAAAAAGUUGUUAUACAGUGCAAUGUUUUCAAUAUGCCUCGUGGAGCCAGGAUAUUUUGGCGGAGAGACAGUUUAUAUGGUGAUGAAGUUUCGGAAGUAAUCAAUGAUGGUCUUAUGUCCCGUGAUAUGUCUAGAUGGGAAGUUGGUCAAGGAAAGCAGCAAGACUCCGUUCGUUUAGAAAUCAUGUCUUUGGAUAAAUCAUACGAAGGUAAAUAUACCUGUGAAUGUCAGUACACUGGGUCUGUGGAACCAGCAAGGGUUCAUAGAAUACUACGUGUGUUUGCGAAACCAAACAUUGUUCGACAUAUGUCAUCUUAUGAUACAGAUGCAGAUGCUGGUGAUCCAGUGUCAUUACACUGUAAUGCAGAUGGUAUUCCGCCACCGUUUAUCUACUGGAGACGUACAGCUGGAGCAAGUAGUAUAAUACGCAAUUUUGGUUCAGUGAAAAGUGUAAGUACUGAAA